CUCCUGUGCCCCGCGGCUCCUUCUAGCCCACUGACCUCCACUGAGAGUCCCCAGCCUCUGGGCAAAGCCCACCUGGUCCACUGAGCAGGCCAGAGUUGCUGGAAGUAGCGCAGCCUCCAUCCAGCGCCAGGCAAUGGCCGAGUCUGGAGAGCAAAUGCCUGAGGAGGUGCUGGCGCUCAUCUUCCGCCACCUGCCCCUGCGGGACCGAGCUGCUGCCUCCAGGGUCUGCAGAGCCUGGGCUGCUGCUGCCACCUGCAGCACCGUGUGGCACGACACGAACAUCAGUUGCGACUUUGAGCGAGAAGGCAUACUGCUACCAUAUCUGUCCGCCUGCCUCGACCAUAUUCACAACCUACGCCUGGAAUUUGAGUCGUCGAAGGAGCCGAGCCGCCGGUCGGCCACGGAGUUGCUGACCUCACUGGCGGGACGUUCCCCGGGGCUUCGAGGCCUUUGCCUGGAGUGCCGAGGAGAGAAACCACUCUUCGACGCUGGCCGCGACGUCCUGGACGCCGUGCACGCCAUCUGCCGGGCCGCCCGCGAGCUGCAUCACCUUGACCUGCGGCGCUUGCCCUUCACUCUAGACGACGAGCUAGUGCUGCAGGUGGCACGCGGCUGCCCCGAGCUCCGCAGCCUUUUCCUGAACAACAGUACGCUGGUGGGCAGCGUGGGUCCGGGGUCCGUGCUCAAGCUACUAGAAGCCUGCCCGCACCUGCGCGCCCUCGGCCUGCACCUAGCCAGCCUGUCGUACACAGCCCUCCAGGUGCUGAUGGCGCCGCACCGCGCGCCUUUCACUCUCCUGGCCCUUCGAUGCGCGUGCCCCGAGGACGCACGUGCACCCCCUCUACCCGAUGAAGCCUGGGCCGCGUUGCGCCGCCGCCACCCUGGACUGGCCGUGGAGCUGGAACUGGAACCGGCAAUACCUGCUGAGAGCGUGGCGCGCGUCCUGCAGCCUGCAGUACCCGUGGCUGCGCUUCGCCUCUGCCUCUCUGCGGACACUGUAGGCCCCUUGCGCUUCGCUGCACAGCAUUACAGCGCAACUUUGCGCGUGCUCGAGGUGCGCGCCUCCGCCUCCACGGAGCUGGACGCCGCCCUGGAGUUGCUGGCGGCGCGCUGCGCGGGCCUACACGAAGUACACUGCUUCUGCCUAGUACGACCCUCGGUUCUGCACGCCUUUCGCACUCACUGCCCGCGCCUGCGCAGUUACACUCUUAAACUAACACGGCAACCACAUCCCUGGAGGCCCGUGCUUGUGGCGUGAUAGGGCGAACCUGUCCCCCCACCCCCUGCCCCAGCUUACGAGUGGCUUCUAAGAUGCUGGAUGGGUUUGCCCAGGCACACGCCAACUGCUAACCUGCUCCUUCAGGACUCUGUUGCCUCUUGGGGAUGGCGUGUGGGACCCCUGAGUCCACUCGGUGCUCUCAACAUCUGCCGACACCUACAGUCCCUGUACUGGAAUCAUCCCCCUCCAACCUCCCUCUUCUGCAAACGCUGCGCUAGCUCUGCGUCCCCGGCAUGGGGUGGGAGGGGAUGACACAGGCGCAGGCCGGACCUCAGGAGUGAGUGUGAAAUAAACCCUGCAUCCUGUGAAAUACCGGGUCUUCUCUAGAGGGGGAGGGCGGGGAGCCCGCAGAGGCCCGAGGAGCAGUCUGGACAGGGUGAGAGACAGCAAGACCUCAAGUUCCGGUGUACUGAUGCGGUUGCGGGAGACAGGGCAGAGAGCACCCCACAUCCUUGGAAUUCCGCCCUACAGUUUGGCGGAAAGGUGUCCACUUCUCACCCCCUCCCUUCCCUGUCUGUCCCUCUCUGCCCGCUGUACCCUGGGCUUCACUGUGCCCACAGCCAUAACCUUCUAGGACUUCCGCAGCCCACACCAGGCUGUAACGGGCUAUUUCUCCCUCUCUCCUCCCACCCCACCCCCAAAAACGGGAAACAGCAGGCAUGAGAAGGGUGGAACUCGAACCCAGGUCUCCCUUCCCACCGCACCCCUUCAUACACAGCCGAUCCCAGCCUGCCCUUUCUGUCUGCUGAUGCUGAGGCCGGGGUCUGAGACCCGCCCCCGCGGGUUCGCACGUGGCCCCCACCUGACCCAGCUCCGGGAGGCGGAGUAGGGCGGGGCGGGCGGCAAACACAGCACUUUUCAGGCUUUGACAAGCCCG